AGAGUAGCAACAAGACUUGCGUAAUUCACCCUCUCUAACAUCAACAUGUAUCCUAGCAACCAUUCAUUGCCUCGUCAUAGCACUCCCUGAGUUAUUUGAACUUUAAUUGUUCAUCAAACGAGAUAACAGCAACAGUCUGAAUACAUCAGUACCCCAUUAGUAUUCCUAUAUAUAGGUGAAAGAACAAAAUAGCCGCGUAUAAUAGUUUAGGACACAAACCUAUCGUUAAUUUUGAAUGCAAAUCAAGUAAUAAGUAUAAGAGACUCCAAAAAAUUGAACUUUAACUUUACUCAAUGCCUUUAACACUGAAUGACAAGAAUGAGUCCAGAAGAAAUUCAAGGACUGAAAAUCGAGAGGUGUAUAACUCAUCUGAUUUGUUAUCGAAACCUUUUCUAAGUAAUGAUUGUCAAUUACCGGAAAAUAUUAUCGAACUUCACCACUCAUUCGGAUAUGACUGCCGCUUGCAUUUCAAUCUAGAGGUAGCCGAUGAGAACACACUUCUAUUCAUUUCUGGCAAUCUGAUCCAUAUUUUCAAUGUCCAGACAAGAGAGAUGAAGUUCCGACGCUCAGCAGGAGGAGGUGGUCUGGGACACAUUUCGAGCAACAAGAAUGAAAAAUACUCGGAUCACAUUGCUGUCGCAGAGAAGGGAGUUUCUCCUUUAAUUAUAAUUUAUCGAUGGCCUCAUUGGGAUGUUAUCUCUGUUUUGAAAGGAGGAGCACUCAGAGAGUAUACUUGUCUCGAUUUCAAUCCAGAUGGAACAUUGCUAGCCUCUCAAGGUGGAUCUCCUGAUUACCUGCUCACCAUUUGGGACUGGAAAAAUAGCAGUAUUAUUUUAUCAGUUAAAUCGCAUGAUGAUCCUGUAUUCAAUGUGAAAUUUUCUCAUUACGUUCCUGGCGAACUUGUCACUAGCGGUGCGGGACACGUCAAAUUUUGGAAAAUGUUGCGUACCUUCAGCGGUCUAAAGAUCAUUGGGAAGCUUGGCAGAUUCGGAAAAACAGAGACCUCUGAUAUUAUCGGAGUCUAUCCAAUGCCCAACAAUUAUACACUAACAGGUUGUAGCUGGGGUAAUAUGCUUUUAUGGGAAGAUGAUGUCAUCAAACUGGAAAUCACAAGGAAGGGGAGGAAACCAUGUCACUCUGGUCCAAUUGUUCAGUUCAGAUACUAUCAUGAGUCAAGAGAGCUGACAUCUAUCAGUAUUGGCGAUUUUAUAAAGGUUUGGAACUUCACUGCUGUUGAGUCAUUUUAUCCGGCAGAGGAUGAAAAAUUUAUGGAGAUGAAGCCUAUUUAUGAGAUUCAAAUCAAAGACAAAUUCUCUGUUGCGCAUUUCUACUCAAUGGCCAAGAGGAGCGGAAAGGAAAACCGAAAAAUUCAAAACUGGUUCGGUCAGGAUUUAAAUGGAGGUAUUUGGGAUGUUGAUAUUUCUAUUUCUAGAAAUGUCAAAGAUCCAAAAAAACUCUACUGGUGUCAUGCGAAAUCAGUGUCCGAUAUUGCAGCAUCUCCUCAUGGUUAUUAUCUUGCGAGUUUGGGAGAAGAUGGUCGACUUUACAUUUAUGAUGUCCAAGCUAAGAAAGUAAUUAUCAUCAAGCAUUUUCCUACACCAGGUUACUGUCUCAAUUGGCUACCUCUACACGUGGCCAAGAGCGGAUCCAUUAUUGUGGCAGGAUUUGGUGAUGGCUCUUUGAAAGUUUUGAUUGCCAACAUUCAAAAGCAAAUAAUCUGUGAGGAGGACAACAAUUUUGACUGGAUAACAGUAAUACAGAUGAGUAAACCACACCUAAGCACUGUUUCCAAAAUCGCUCUCAAUUCAAGCGGAACUCUGCUAGUGAGUGGCAGUCGAGACUCAACAAUAUUCAUUUUUGAAGUUUUAAGAGAUGAACACGUCGAUGUGACUCUACAACCCGUUGGUUUUGUAGCAAUUCCUGAGCCUGUGACCUCCCUGAGUGUAAAUCCUAUGCAAGAUAAUGUAAUUUUGGUCGGUUGCGAGAGGCAGAGGCUACUAGAGGUUGAACUCCCCAAGAAAACCCAAGAGUGUGAUACUCAAGAAUCUUAUAAACUGGAAUGUUAUAUUGAAGACCUCACCGCUAAUUUUCCAACAGCAGAAACAAACAGGAAAGACGAAAAAUUCAAGGUCGUAAAUGCUUCUUACAAGAGAUCAGGAACUAUCUGGUUCUGUCUGGAAAAGAGCGACCCUUGUUGCAUUUUUGAAUUCAAGAAAGACACCACCGAAUCCUUUAAUACCAUUCUGAUUCCUGACACAAAAGCUGCCAGUCUAUCCUGUUUUCAACUUUUGAACUCAGAAGAAUUGUUAUUUUUUGCCUUCAACAAUGGGAAAAUUCGAGUGACGGAAACAGAUGUUGACCAGAGCGAUUUCUCAAAAUUCUGGGAACUUUCAAUGCAUGACAACUUCAAUGGACUGAUUCCAAAGCUUUGCUUGAGUCACGACCAGCGAUUUCUCUUCAGUUGUGGGAGCGAUGGCAACAUAUUUGCUUACACAUUGAAUUGUUGCAGUGAAUAUUUCACAGAAUACAAGCCUCUUCCCUCCACUUACAUUGAGCCUCUAUUCACCGCAAUAGAUGAGUAUGAAGAUUUAAUAUACAGCUUAGAGGAGAGAAAGCAGAAUUUAAAACAAGAUAAAAUACUAGAAGCAAUCAACAAGAGAAAAGCAGAUACUCGUAAGACUCUUGCCAAUCUGAAAUUGCAGUAUGAAGACCUUCUUAAACGGAAUUCCAAACUAUCUGACUCUCACCAACUUCCACGUCCUGUUCUUGAGUUAGAUGAAAGGAUCACCAACUAUAUCCAGUUGAAAAUCCAAAAUGAAAUGAAUUUACUGAAUGAGAAAAUGGCGUAUGAUAUUGAGAGGAGCCAGCUUGGUCUUAAAAAAGUUCGAGAUUAUUUCAUAGAUCCAGUUCAGCACUUCCUCAUCACCAUUUCAGCAUUGAGAAUUGACCAAACAAUAAUGACUUUUUCUCUGAGAAAAUUAGGCUCUGAUUUUGAGAAACUUUAUCAAGAAGUGAAAAUACAGCGAGGUGAAGAAAUUCACGUUCAAAUGGAGAGAGAUUUCAGAAUGGACCAGAUGAUUAUGCGAAAGCAGGCGUCAUUCAAAUUUGAGCAGAUGGAUGUUGAUUUGCAGCCAAAAUUGGUAGCUGUUGAAUCAUUUUUGAAAGAUGUGGAGCAAUUGUUAGUCAAGUUACCUUUGAAAACACGAAGACUACUGGAUCGGUAUCAACGCAAGAAAUCCGAAAGAGAAUCACGUGAAAAAAAGUGGCACAAGCUGUUACGAGACAAACCAGAUGGAAGCUCACUUGAUCCGAAGGACGUUGCCUUGUUGGAAGAAGCUGGAAAAAAAAUUGGAGACUACAAACUCAAAACUGCCAAAGAUUACGAAGUUCCAAGGCAAUUUUGCAAGACAGUACUGCAGCAGUUUUUAAUGGUGCUUGAAUGCAAAUUGGAGAUUUUUAGAUUGAAAAAUGAUUUCAACACAAGUGUUUUAGCUCUUAGAAGAGAAAAAUUGCAGUGCAUCACAGCAUUAUGGAAGUAUCAUAAAAAAUUGACAAAACUGAAUGAAGAGCUACCUCCUGAGUAUGAGAAGAUUCUAUCGCCUGUGCCAGAAAUCAAUGUUUCUCUGGAAUACCCAGACAGAGAUUUUCAGGAGGAUCCCCAGGAACUUUUUUCCCCGGACCCUGAGUCCUAUGUUGUGUCCUCUUCGUCUGAUGAAGAGUUUGUAGCUGAAGAGUCAAUUACCGGUCAAGGGCCUGCUAGCAAGGAUAAGACUCCGCUUGUGUGGCAAGAUCAUAUCUCAUCUAAAUUGCCAAAAAAUUAUGCAGAUGUAAUGAAUGAUGAAUUCUAUCCAAAUUUGGACCCCAAAAAUGAAACUUUGGUCAGGCUCCUAAAGAAGCAGGCAACUCUUAUGAAGAAAUCAGAGCAGGUUAUCUCAAAAUUUGAUGGAAAGUUAGAGAGCCUAGCUGAAGAAAGAGUAAAGCUCUCCGUGGACAUCAUUUUCAAGGAGCUUUACCUACUCACCUUGAAUCAAGAAUUAAUCAUCAUCAAGAAAUACGAAAACCGAGAAAAUGAAGGUCUUGCAGAUGUCGUGCGCAAGUUAGAAGAAAAAAGCAAGGAACAAGAUCUUAUAGAAGAACUUUGUCUGCGGAUUGAGGAUAAACUCCAAGAACUCAAGUCAAUGCAAGAUGAUGGUCUGAGAAUGACGAAAACUUUCUAUGAAACCAUUGAAGACGCCAAACACGCCAAGUAUCUUAAGAGAAUUUUCUCCAAAAAACAUGCCUCCAGAAAAGCAUCUAGCGAAGGAGGAAUUCUAAGGGAUAGUCUACUUUCAUCUUCAUCUGGGAGUUCAGAAUCUGAGUUAGAAUUUGAUUUCCCAGCUUCAUCGAGUAGAAGCCUCAGCUGCUACAGCACGGGUAAAAACUGUCCUGCAAGCUGCGAGUUGGAACUGUACCAACUAGCCCAUUCCUCUCAUUUAAAACGACGUGAAAUUAAACAUUCCAUGAAGAAGAAAAAAGAAGAAAUUGAUUCAAUGAAGAUAAAAUUAGAAAGCCUUGAGAACAAAGUGCGCCUUAUUGAAAAUGAAUUACAGCUUAAUGAAAAUAAAUUGAAAGAUGUUCGGCGAGAGAAGCAAAAAGAGUUAAAUCAAGUUGAAACAGUAGUGGUUCUAAAUUUAGAUCAACUGUGUCACUUUCGAUCUUCAGCUGAGUUGGAGGAUCUUGCGAACACUGUAUUGUUUCCACGGACCGAGUGGGAAAGGUUGCAUUCAAGAUUGAACGAACUGAAAGACGAGACUGAAAACAUCAAUGUGGAGGGAAGGAGAAAGCAAACACAUCUGCACAGACUGAACCUAGAUUGCAAGAAAAUGAAGGAAGAAAUUGCUGAACUAACCGCAAAAAUUUCCGAGACGAUCAUAACCAAGUUUGGACAGGCAGUAGACGUGGACUCUUUAGAAGAGAUAGUUCUGCGAAGGCUUUUGGGUGAAAUUAGAUCCACUCUACCAGAGGUGGAAGAGGAGAUGUGGAAAGAAAAAGAACUGAAAUUGGAUAAUCUAAGAAGGAAGGAGGAGUUGUUGACGGCUUUGACCAAGAAAAACACGGAGAAAGCGGAACUACUUACUACUCUAGAGGAGGAAUAUGGAAAACUGAAACAUACGAUUGAUAAACAAGAAUACUUGAAGAACACCAAGAGUGUGAAAAUUGGAGACGAGUGGCGAGAUGACAUCAAUAAACUGAUGAAAAUAAGAAACCAUUUAAAUCUAAAGCAAGAAAUUCUCCAAAACGAGAUCAGGAGCUUGAGUUUCAAGGGUCGACCACUUCCUCCAAUCGUUAGUCCUCCUCCACCUAAAAUCGAAGAUUCGGACGAUGGUCUGUCCAAGGCGAUUCCUAGCUCUCUUCCCUGCAUUGAUAGAACACUGAAGAAACAAUCCAAAAAAGUCUUACUGCCGACAAAUAUGGAGGACAAUCUUCAGGAGUGGCUCCUUGACAAAAUCGAAGCGAUAAUCGCACUUUUGGACUCGCCCUCCUCUUUCAAGGACCUGGUCAUCAAGCAGCUUAUUGAUGAUUUGGCCAGUGCGAUUGAAAGUAGCAGUGUAAAAGAGGACUUCGUUUUGCUGUCGAAAGAAACACUAGAAACAAUUCUGGAGAUGAUUCAGGUGGAGAUUGCCCCUCAGACGCCUUCUAGAGCAUCAAUGGAGAAGCUCAUCAAAGAGACCCUUCAAUCGCUGUAUAGGUCAAAAAUUGCCGUUGUCAAAAAAGUGCCUCUGGGAUCUGAGGAGCUGAAAUACGAAGAAGAGCUGGACAGAACAUCUGCAGCAAUUGUGGAGUCCACACUUAAAAGCGUCUUGGAACGCAUGAGGAGAAACUCAGCUCCUCCAAGCCUUGAUUCAACAAGUUGAGUGGAAAGUUGUUGCCAAAAGUGCUCAGUUAGAUGAGCUGCUUAUUGAGCUCUUAACGCUCCUUCAUCAAAUGACUUUCAUUGAUGACUUCUAGGUUAAAAAAGCUGGUAAUAACCAAAUACCGAUCCCUUCUCCAAAAAGAAAAAAAGAAUCAAGAGACAGAAAUAACUUGUGAAAAGAUGAUGAAUUCAAUGAGUCAAAUUAAAUUCUUUUUAAAAGUUUUAUAUUAUUUUUUUAACGCCUUUCUUAAUAUGAUACAAUUACUGUACAAUUUUACAAUCUUUUAGAUAAUAAUCUAAAUAAUGACUAUUCACAAAACAAAAAAUAUAAGGUACCAGUUGAAAUAAAGCCAGAGCUUUGGAGGAUAUUUGCGUUGAGGAGAACUAUUCCUACUUCCUUUCUAGUCCAAGAAGAAUUGCUCCGCUUCAAUUUCUUAUUGAAACAGAGCAAAGCAUGCACCUACAUUUUCCUCUUGGGAGAUGAAGACAAAAUACUUAAGCCAUAUAUUUAUUCCAAAUACCACAUUCAUAUAUGAAGGGUAUAGUAUUUUCUCAGAACUUUCAAUUGAGGCUAUUCGUUUUGUAAGAUACUUAAACAAAGAGGAAAAUCAACAGUAGGUUGAUCUAAAAGACAGUGAGAACUCUUGGGUUAAAUUUUGAACACCAAAAGCAAAAAGCAAAUAAAUAUAAGCAGCAUCCCCAUUUGCAAACUAGACUUCAUCAAAUUAUUGUAUUUCAGUUACAUUAACUCUUUUAAAUAAAAUAUAAAAUGGAGAAA